AUGAAGUUUUGUAAGGAGUUUACAAGAACGGAAAGAAUGAAGAUUAACCGCUAUCACGACAUGUUAAAAGCGGAGCAUCGAGAAUUCAUCACCCCUUCCAAAUACGAGACAUUGAAUGAGCUCAUUAACUGGGCAAGGGUUAGGGGGGUCGAAUUGAAAAGACAAGAAGAACGUGGGGAGAAAAGACAAGUCGAGAAAGGAUCAACACAAGGCACACCUAAAAAGCCCAAAACACACGAACAAGGAAAGAAAGACACCACUAAAGGAAGGUUUCCUCGGUGCAAGACGUGCGGGAAAUUCCAAUUGGGAGAGUGCUUGAUGGGGAAGAAAGGAUGUUAUAAUUGCGGACAAGAAGGACAUCCGUAUUAUAACUGUCCAAAUCCAAAAAGGGUAUGUUACAACGGUAACGAGUCGGGCCAUGUGAAGGCCGAAUGCCCAAAGCUCAAGCAAGGGACGAAGAAAGAAGGAAAGAAAGAAGAACCCUAUAAAGCUAAAGGAAGAAUGUUUCAAAUCUCAUUAGAAGAUGCGAGGGCUCAGCCAAUUGUGCUGUCAGGUAUAUUCAUGAUAAACUCUAUACCUACAUAUGUAUUGUUUGAUACUGGAGCAAGUAGUUCGUUUGUUUCAAGUGAGUUUAUAAUUUCCCCUCUAUUUACAAUAGAAAGAAUGCCUAUACCAUUAGAAGUAGAAAUAGCCGAUUGUAAGAGUAACCUUUUACACGAAAUAUGUAGAAAUUGUAAGAUCACCAUAGAGGAUGAGGAUUUUGAUAUUGAUCUUAUUCCCAUGGUUUUGGGAGAAUGCAAAGUAGUGGUGGGUAUGGAUUGGCUAUCCCGUUAUCAUGCGGAAAUCUUAUGUGAAAGCAAAACUACUCAUGUGAUGUCUCCUAAAGGAAAACGGGUAAGCAUUUAUGGGGAAAGGGAUGUAAAGGCUAAUUUGUGCACCAUUGUAGAAGCGGUUAAGUAUGUGAGAAAUGGAAGUAAGGCGUUCUUAGCUUAUGUACUUGAUACGAAACAAGAUGCUUUAAAGAUUGAAGAUACGAGAAUUGUGAAUGAAUAUCCAGAUGUGUUUCCUGAUGAUUUGCCGGGACUCCCACCCAAGCGAGAGGUUGAAUUCCGAAUUGAAUAA